AUGGUACCGCUGCUGGCCCUCAGCCUCCUGGUCUCCCUGGCCGGGCCGGCCUGGUCCCUCUCCUGCUUCAACUGCUCCGUGAUUGGCAGCGGGAAUUGCUCCGGGAACACGAACUUGAUUCCAUGCGGGAAUAACGCCGGCAGCUGCCUCACCCUCCUCAGCUGGGUGCGCGAGGGCCACCUGCCCCUGCUGCUGAACGAGAAGAGGUGUAACGCCGACGACCGACUGUGCGACGGCCACUUCUCCCUGGCGGCCGGUUCCUUCCUCCUCAACCUCAACACUUCGUGCUGCCGCUCCGAUCGAUGCAACGAGCCCGAGAUCGAGCUCCAACCCUCGGUGACCAAGCUCAGCGGAUUCCGGUGCCCGUCUUGUUUCGCUCGCCACGCGGACACCUGCUCCCCCGACUCGUUCAUCGCCUGCACCAGUCCUCAGGAGUACUGCAUCCGAUUCGAGGUUACCACCGCAGAGCCCGGCGGCGAGAAGCUCCGCCUGGCCUUCAGCGGCUGCGCCUCCCGGGCCCUGUGCUCCGGGGGGGCCGCCGCCCUGUUCGCCGCCCACCCGGGCCAGCGGUCACGCCGCUUCUCCACACCUGGCACCCCCGUUUAG